AUGGACACCGUACAGUCGCGUCGCAAGUGGUGGCGCAUCCAGUGGUUCGCGGACCAAGACACGAAGGAAGAACGGAAGCUGAUCCUGAAAUUGGACUUGUUGAUCGUCCCGUAUGCCUUUCUGGCCUAUUGGACGAAGUAUAUUGAUCAGGCGAAUAUCAAUAAUGCCUACGUUUCCGGUCUCCAGGAAGACAUCGGCCUGCAUGGCAAUGAGCUCGUUAAUCUUCAAACCAUGUAUACGGUCGGCGCCGUGGUCGGGCAGAUCCCCUUUGCGUAUCUGUUCACGAAGUUUCCCAUGUCGUGGCUCAUUCCAGCGUUGGAUAUCUGCUGGGGUAUUUUCACGCUGUUGCAGUAUCGGGUCACUGGGUAUGGGGAGAUGAUGGCGUAUCGGUUCUUGGUGGGAGCCUGGUAUCGAGGCGACGAGAUCGCCCGUCGAGGUGGCUGCUUCUACGUCGGCCUCACCCUCGGCACCCUAACAGCCAGUCUCAUCCAAGCCGGCACAUCAGCCCGACUCGACGGCGUGCACGGCCUCGCCGGCUGGCGCUGGAUGUACAUCAUCUGCGCAAUCAUCACCAUCCCCAUCGGCAUCCUCGGCUACUUCAUUCUCCCCGGCACGCCUGACAAGCCAAACCGCAUCGUCAUAAAUGACAACGACCUCGCCCUGUCCAAGGCCCGCCUCCACCGCGCCGGCCACCAGUUCACCGGCCGCUUCACCUGGUCCACCAUCAUCUCCGUGCUCUCCAACUGGCGCUUCUGGGCCCUCCUCCUCCUCGACGUCUUUUUCUGGAAUGCGUGCCUGAAUACUAGCGCUGGCGGGUACCUCCUGUGGCUUAAAUCCCUCGACCGGUUCUCUACCAGCCGUCUGAACGAACUCGCCGCUGUCUCCCCCGCGCUGGGUAUCUUCUAUACCCUGUUUAUCUGCUUCGCGUCGGACCUGCUCUUCGGUCCUGCGUGGGCCAUCACUGUCUCUCACAUCUGGAACGCCAUAGGCCUGAUCAUCCUGGUGGUUUGGAACGUAAGGGAGUCCGCGCUGUGGUUCGGUUUCUUGACUACUUACUCGGCCGUCGCCAUGUCGAGUGUGCUUUAUGGCUGGGUUAAUACGUUGCUGAGGUAUUCGCCUGUUGAGCGCGCCGUUACGCUCGUGGCGAUUAAUACCAUCGCGCAGUCGACGACUAUCUGGACUCAGUUGUUGGUGUUUAAGACUGUUGAGGCGCCCCGCUUUACGAAGGGGUAUUCGUUUGUGUUGGCGAAUGCGGUGUGUUUGAUUGCGACGGCGCAUGCGAUUCAGCUUUCUAUAAAGAGGAGAAAGCAAAACACGUCAACGUCAAUAUCAUCAAACGAAGCCAGCGAGACGGGUGAAGAAGAAUCUGUGGUGCAGGUUGCCCAGACGAGUACUAAAGACUAG